CUCUAAAUAAACGCGCGCAACGUCACGCAAACUCGCGGCGUGCAGCUCGUAGUGUGGCUCAGUCAGCACGCUCGCAAAUCUGUCACAGGACGCCGUGCGGUGCGCUCGCGUUAUUAUGCGGCCCGAGACACCAUGUCUCUGCCGCCGCACCUUCCGGACUCUUCGGGCGGUGAUAAUGAGUAUGUGCACAUUCGAUGUCUUAUCGCGAAUAUACAUAAACCGCGGAAUGUGUGUAGACCGCCCGUUUUGUACGGGAGGCGCAGCUCACUGCAAGUGGUACACGAAUCGCCGCCGUCGUCAGAUACGGAGCGCAGCGGGUCUGAGAGGUCGAUCAGCAACUCGGAAAGGUCGAUCAGCAACUCGGAAAGGUCGAUCAGCAACUCUGAUAGAUCGAUCAGCAACUCGGAGGAGCCGCUGCCGGCGCCGCGCGCUAAGAGCAACAGCUUUGCAGGGUCGCUGCUAGCGCCACCACAGAUGGCGGGCAAGCGCCGGCGGCCGUCGUUCCUGCACCUGACGUCGAGCGGUAGCGGCGAGCUGGCGGGCCCGCUGUCGGCUGGCGCGCACCUCAGCGUGCCGCGGUUCACGGUGACAGCGCCGCCGGGGGAGCAGCGCCGACAUAGCCAUGCUUUUGCCGGCUUCCACGGCUUCGCCCUCCGUCGACAUUCCAACACGAGCCUCCACCGCAGUGAGUCGAUGGUGUCGCUGGCGUGCUUCAAGACGCUGUCACAGCUGGUCAACAACGACGCCACAGUGGAGCUACAGCAGUACCUCGCCACCAACAAGAAUGUUAACAUCGAUGACAGAGAUGAAAAUGGCACAACAGCGCUUAUGUGCGCAUGCGAGACUGGGCGAACCGCUGCGGUGCGGCUAUUACUGGCUGCGGGCGCGGACGCAGGCGCUGCGGACGCGGACGGGUGGACGCCGCUAGCGUUCGCGGCGCGUGGCGGACACCUGGCCAUCGUCAAAGAUCUGCUGGACGCUGGAGCUCGCGUUGACCCUCGAGACUGUGGUGGGUGGUCGCCGCUAAUGUGGGCGUCAUACAAGGGUCACGAGGAUGUGGUCGCGCUACUUCUGGAGAAGGGAGCUGACGUGCACGCCCAUGGCAACUAUAAUAUCAAUUCGCUAGUGUGGGCAGCGGGUAGGAAGCACAGCGGCGUGGUGCAGCGCCUCCUAGCGGCGGGUGCGCGCGCUAACUCGUGCGACAAGUACGCUACGUCCGCACUAACAUGGGCCGCACGCGCCGGUGACGUGACUUCGUGCACUGCGCUGUUGCGCGCAGGCGCAGACCCUAAUACCGCUGGCAUGUACUGUUGGACCCCGUUAUUACAGGCUACGCAAGGGAAUCACUUCGAAAUCGUGCAGAUGCUUCUAGAACAUAAACCGAACGUGAACGCGUUAGACAAAGACGGCUACACGGCGUUAGCUAUAGCUUGUAAGGAAGGCUACUUCGAUAUCGCGUUAGCGCUUAUUAACUCCGGUGCUUAUAUUAAUGUACAGGAUCACUCGAAAGACACGCCGCUGAUCCACGCAGUGAAAGGCGGUCACAAGAACAUAGUAGAAGCAUUGCUAAAGAAACAUGUGGAUGUAGACUUACCGGGCAAGGAUAAAAAGACGCCGGUGUACACGGCCGUGGAGAAGGGACACGUCGCGAUACUCAAGCUACUGCUUGCUUCUAACCCUGAUCUGGAGCAUUGCACUGUUACUGGCGACACACCGUUACUCCGCGCGGUGAGGUCACGCAACGCAGAGAUGGUGCAACUCCUGCUGGAACGCAAGGCGCGCGUCAACGUAGCGGACAACCGCGGUGACACAGCGCUGCAUAUCGCUAUGAGAGCGCGCUCUAAACAAAUAGUGGAAAUACUUCUUAGAAACCCAAAGAAUAGUCAAUUAUUGUAUAAGCCUAACAAAUUGAACGAAACUCCGUACAAUAUAGACAUGAGCUAUAACAAGACAAUACUAGGGCAGAUAUUUGGUGCUCGCAAGUUGAAUACGAAUGAGGACAAUGAGAAUAUGUUGGGUUAUGAGUUGUAUAGUGCGGCGUUAGCUGACAUGUUGUCAGAGCCGAGUCUCUCGGUUCCUAUUACUGUGGGCCUCUACGCGCGGUGGGGGUCCGGAAAAUCAUUUUUGCUCAAUAAACUUAAGGAGGAGAUGAAGAACUUCGCCCGUCAGUGGAGUGAGAGCGGGUGGACGUGGUCGUGGGCUGUAACGUGGGGCGCGUGGCACGUGGCACUCUCUCUGGGCGCAUGCGUGGCCGUCGCAGGCGCACCUGCAUACGUCGCGCUCGCCGUCUGCGCAGCGCUCUUCGCGGCCAUAUAUUUAGCUCUGUAUAUAUUAUGCUAUUUGGGGAAUAGAUAUGAAUGGUGGUGGGCCGGAGGAGUGUUAUCAGCUCUCGGUCGAAAAUUUAGCUCGUUGUUAUUGGUGCUUCAAGUAGUGUUCUGUCACCCGCCGGGACCGAACGAUCCUAGAGCACUGCCGGCAACGCCUAUAAGGUUCCACUUCACGGAAGGCAUGAAGAGCGGCGGCGGGCAGGAAGGCGAGGCGAUGGUGGUGCAGAUGAUCGCGAGCCUCGCCGAAGCGCUGGAGUGUCAAUAUGGUCGGAUUUGUACCAGAUUGGCGCGCGCGUUCAGACCAAAACCUGUAUCUUCUACGUCGGGCUGGAAAUGGCGGCGAGUAUGCUGCGUGCCCCACAUCCUGACGUUCGAAGUAUGCUUCACAUGCAUCCUUGUGGGCCUCUGCGUGCUCAUCAUGUAUUUCACUGACAGGAGCGAGGAUCAGCAGCGGCGUGAAAUCCAACAGGGGCUGAUGAUCGGCGCCUGCGUGCUGAGCGGCGUCGUCGUGUUAGCCAACCUGUACACGUGGGGCCGUGUGUUGGCAGCACUGGCGCUGUCGCCGCGGACACGCCUCACGCGGGCGCUGAGGAGAGAUGCGCCCACCCUCGCAUUGAGACCUGAAGUGCAGACGCUUACGCAUAUGGUAUCAUGUCUCGACGCGUUCACGGGACAACAGACGCGUCUAGUAGUGGUAGUGGAUGCUCUUGACAGCUGUGAACAGGAGAAGGUACUAGCUCUACUCAACGCUGUCCACGCCCUCUGCUCAGACCCCAAGAGUCCGUUCAUACUCCUCUUGGCAAUCGACCCUCAUAUCAUCAGCAAGGCGGUGGAAAUCAACAGUCGACGAGCGUUCUCUGAGAGCAACAUUGGUGGGUGGGACUACCUCAGGAACAUGGUGCAACUGCCGUUCUAUCUGCAGAACUCCGCGCUGCGUCGAGUGAAGGCAGCGCAACAGGCCGCCGCCAGACGGCUGCAAGCCACGCCCGCUGAUGACUUCUCUACCUCGUUGCAGAGAUCGGUAUCAGCGCGUCGCCUAUCCUCAACAUCAGAACUGAUGUCGAGUCAGGAACGCAUCAAGAAUCAGUCUGGCAAAGAGCCGACUAGCAGCGCGGCGGCGGCGCGGGCUCGGAGACUGCGACCCUCGGAGUCUGUGGCUUCGUCGGUGGCGUCAGGGCUCCAUAGGGCUGCAGCGCCCGCGGCCGGCGCAGCAGACCUCGGGCGAGUGCUGCUCACGGAUGAUUACUUCAGUGACGUCAAUCCUCGGAGUAUGAGGCGGCUUAUGAAUGUGCUCUAUGUUACUGGUCGUCUCCUAAAAGCAUUCCAAAUCGAAUUCAACUGGUACCAACUGGCGUCGUGGGUGAACCUCACGGAACAGUGGCCGUUCCGUACAUCCUGGAUCAUCUACCACCAUGAGACGUAUGAAGACCACAUCGAUGACACCACAUCGCUCAAACAUAUUUAUGAAAAAGUAAAGCCUUUGAUGAGCAGUCUUCGUGAAGCCAGCACGCUGAUGGAGCUGGACAGAGAUGAGAGGAAGCUGGAGGUGUUCUUGAGCUUCCACCGCUCCACACUCACCGCGGCCGACCUCAAGAUAUUUCUGCCGUUCACCAUCAACCUCGACCCUUAUAUCAAGAAGGUUAUCAAAGAGGAGCAGCUACAGUCCGGCAUAGAGGAGGACCUGGGUGCCAGCGGCGCGGCCGGCCUGCCCUGGGGCACGCCACAGCACCCGAGACAGGCACACUCCAAACUCUUCCAGAGGAAACACCGAGUGUCUCCUCCGAACCAGUCGGCGGCUCCCGCGGUGGCCGCACCACCCAUGUGGGUGGGGUGGGGCAACACGGGCGCAGGCUUCAUGCCGCCUCUGCCAUACCCCGCGCCCUCCAUGCCCGGGUACCCGGCCCCGUCUAUGCCGCUCCAACCGCCCGCUACCAACCCACAUCAUACUCUCAAGGCUGCCUUCCCUGGACUGGGUGACGUAACCGGCGCGCGGCUGUCGACGAUGAGCGUGGAGCGCGUGUGCAGCACGGUGCGCGCGGCGCUGGGCGCGGGCGGCGCGGGCGCGGCCGCGGCGCUGCUGCAGCACCGCGUCAGCGGGCUGGCGCUCUCCGUGUGCCGCCUCGCCGACCUCAAGCCGAUCUUAGACUUGCCAUUUGGUGAUUGGGAGCUGUUCCAACUACUCAUCACGAACUUACGUGAGCUAGAAGCGAACAUGCCAAACGCGCCCGCUGUAAACGUGAUACCUGAGAAGACGGUGGAGAGUGAACCAGAUGCCGUUAAGCCACGUCCCGUCAUCGAGCAUCAGCGUAGCCGACCAUCCAACGUUGAAAAACAGGUAACCCUGGAGGAGCAAAUGAUAUGCGGCGCGCUGCAAACGCUAAACGAGGAGGCGAUGGAGGACGUGAUGCAGUCGGAGCCCCCCUCCCACCCAGGCGAGGAGGACGAGCUGCAGCUGCAGCCGCGGCCGCAUAGCGCCGCCGCGUCACCGAGCGGCUCUCCGCGCGCGGCGCGGCGCGACCCCUCCAUCCUCAAGCGCGACGGUGGCGGCUCGUUCCGCGCGCGCCGCGUCGCCGGCGACCCGCCCGCCGUCACCUUCAACGUCGAGAACGAGGAGGACUCCGACGACGACGGCCACAUCACGUUCAGCGCGCGGCCGCGGCCCGCGCCCGCCGUGCACUACCGGGCGCCCCCCGCCGCCCGCGCUCAUCCACCGCCGCCGCGCGACCGGCCCUCCUCGCUGCUCGUCGCGCCCGACGAUGCCCCCGAUUGCCGCCUCUCCGUCCGCUCCAAGUCCGUCGAGGAUUCCACGAAGACGGGCUCGCCGAUAAUCGAUCUGAAGUUAAAGAACCUGCGGAAGACUGCCGAGAUCCUCAAGAAGGUGAGCUCGGCGGAGCGGCUGUCGCGGCUGAAGGAUAAGAUAAUGCGCGGCGGCGGGUCACGCGACCGCAGCCCGGCACGGGAGGAGAGCAGCGACGACGAGUCGGCGCCCCUCGUGUCGGCGCCGGCGGGAUCCGCGGGCCGCGGCGGCGGCUCAUCCCCGCCCGACGCCGCACCGCGCUCUCCGCCCGGGGAACGCGCCCACGAGCUCGGCAUCGAGUGCGGUGACCGCAGCCUGCAGGACAUCACCACCAGCACGGAUUUUUCUCCGCGGUCGGAUCUCACCGACCUAGAGUCCCCUCGGGCGGCAGAUUUCGACCUACUCCCGGAGAGGAAGAACGAGGAGGAACGCGAGACGGGGCACGUGCGCAUGGAGCGUGUGGAGAGUGACGCGUCCGUGUCCAACAUGGUGGAGCCGUACAACAUGCGGCUACUGUCGCGCGGCGCGUCGGACGCGCGCUCGCUGUGGCGGCAGGACGCGCUCGACGCGGGCCCGCCCUGGCCCUGGGAGGAGCCAGACUCCGCGGUGUGACUCCACGUGCACGCACGAACGCACCUAACGCCGGAAUUAUUUGUUGUUCUACACUAACGUAGAAUGCAUUUUGACCUCAUCGACCACUAGGCGAGUCGUUAAAGGCAAUUUUUGCUUCAAAAAAAUAAUGAUCUUAAACAUUGUUCGUAGAUGUAGAAAAGUACUUAAUUUCACAAAUGAAGACAACAAGAAUUGCAUUUAAACUUAUGGUAUGACCACAAUUGUGAUAUUACAAUUUAACCUUAAGUAUAUGGAAAUAUAUUCAUCCUGAAUAAAGCUUA